GGCGGCGGCGGCGGCAGCUGAGGAGGGCCCGGUUGCGGGAGCCGCGGGGUGGACCGGCCUCGGCGCGCCGCCACUAUGUCGGCGCCGUCGGAGGAGGAGGAGUACGCGCGGCUGGUGAUGGAGGCGCAGCCCGAGUGGCUGCGCGCCGAGGUGAAGCGGUUGUCCCACGAACUGGCAGAGACCACGCGCGAGAAGAUCCAGGCGGCCGAGUACGGGUUGGCGGUGCUGGAGGAGAAGCACCAGCUCAAGCUGCAGUUUGAGGAGCUCGAGGUGGACUAUGAGGCCAUCCGCAGCGAGAUGGAGCAGCUCAAAGAGGCAUUCGGACAGGCGCACACAAACCACAAGAAGGUGGCUGCAGAUGGCGAGAGCCGCGAAGAGAGCCUGCUCCAGGAGUCGGCCUCCAAGGAGCAGUACUAUGUGCGGAAGGUGCUGGAGCUGCAGACGGAGCUGAAGCAGCUGCGCAACGUCCUCACCAACACGCAGUCAGAGAACGAGCGCCUCACGUCAGUGGCCCAGGAGCUGAAGGAGAUCAACCAGAAUGUGGAGAUCCAGCGCAGCCGCCUGCGGGAUGACAUCAAGGAAUACAAGUUCCGGGAGGCCCGCCUGCUGCAGGACUACUCCGAACUGGAGGAAGAGAACAUCAGCCUACAGAAGCAAGUGUCUGUGCUCAGACAGAACCAGGUGGAGUUUGAGGGCCUCAAGCAUGAGAUCAAGCGCCUGGAGGAGGAGACUGAGUACCUGAACAGCCAGCUAGAAGACGCCAUCCGGCUCAAGGAGAUUUCAGAACGGCAGCUGGAGGAGGCUCUAGAGACACUGAAGACGGAGCGGGAGCAGAAGAAUAGUCUGCGCAAGGAGCUGUCGCACUACAUGAGCAUCAAUGACUCCUUCUACACCAGCCACCUGCAGGUCUCCCUGGAUGGCCUCAAGUUCAGUGACGACACUGCUGCCGAGCCCAACAAUGAUGCAGAGGCCCUAGUCAAUGGCUUUGAGCACGGUGGCCUGGCUAAGCCAUCACUGGACAAUAAGACGUCCACACCCAGGAAGGAUGGGCUGGCACCCCCCUCCCCCAGCCUCGUCUCUGACCUGCUCAGCGAGCUCCACAUCUCUGAGAUCCAGAAGCUGAAGCAGCAGCUGGUGCAGAUGGAGCGGGAGAAGGUGGGCCUACUGGCCACACUGCAGGACACGCAGAAGCAGCUGGAGCAAGCUCGGGGAGCCCUAUCCGAGCAGCAUGAGAAGGUGAGCCGCCUCACAGAGAAUGUGAGCGCCCUGCGGCGCCUGCAGGCCAGCAAGGAGCGGCAGACAGCCCUGGACAAUGAGAAGGACCGCGAUAGCCACGAGGAUGGUGACUACUAUGAAGUAGACAUCAAUGGGCCCGAGAUCCUGGCCUGCAAGUACCAUGUGGCCGUGGCCGAGGCUGGUGAGCUCCGUGAGCAGCUCAAGGCAUUGCGUAACACACACGAAGCUGCUGAGGUCCAACACGCAGAGGAGAAAGGCCGCUAUGAGGCUGAGGGCCAGGCACUCACCGAGAAGGUCUCCCUGCUGGAGAAGGCCAGCCGCCAGGAUCGGGAGCUACUGGCCCGGCUGGAGAAGGAGCUGAAGAAGGUGAGCGAUGUGGCUGGCGAGACGCAGGGCAGCCUGAGCGUGGCCCAGGAUGAGCUGGUCACCUUCAGUGAGGAGCUGGCCAAUCUCUACCACCACGUGUGCAUGUGCAACAACGAGACCCCCAACCGUGUCAUGCUGGACUACUACCGCGAGGGCCAGGGCGGGGCCGGCCGCACCAGCCCUGGCCGCACCAGCCCCGAGGGCCGCGGGCGCCGCUCACCCAUCCUCCUGCCCAAGGGGCUGCUGGCCACAGAGGUGGGCCGAGCAGAUAGUGCAGCUGGGGACAGCAGCCCCUCACCCAGCUCUUCACUGCCGUCACCCCUGAGUGAUCCCCGCCGGGAGCCCAUGAACAUCUACAACCUGAUUGCUAUCAUCCGCGACCAGAUCAAGCACCUGCAGGCUGCCGUGGACCGCACAACAGAGCUGUCCCGGCAGCGCAUUGCCUCUCAGGAGCUGGGCCCUGCUGUGGACAAGGACAAGGAGGCGCUCAUGGAGGAGAUCCUCAAGCUGAAGUCGCUGCUCAGCACCAAGAGGGAACAGAUCACCACGCUGCGCACUGUGCUCAAGGCUAACAAGCAGACGGCUGAAGUGGCCCUUGCCAACCUGAAGAGCAAGUAUGAGAAUGAGAAGGCCAUGGUGACUGAGACCAUGAUGAAGCUACGUAACGAGCUCAAGGCCCUCAAGGAAGACGCAGCUACUUUCUCCUCGCUGCGUGCCAUGUUCGCCACCAGAUGUGACGAGUAUAUCACACAGUUGGAUGAGAUGCAGCGGCAACUGGCCGCCGCGGAGGAUGAGAAGAAGACACUUAACUCCCUGCUGCGCAUGGCCAUCCAGCAGAAGCUAGCGCUGACCCAACGGCUGGAGCUGCUCGAGUUGGACCACGAGCAGACCCGACGGGGCCGUUCCAAGGCCACCCCCAAAGCCAAGCCAGUCACCCCGAGCGUAAGUCACACCUGUGCCUGUGCCAGUGACAGGGCUGAGGGCACUGGGCUCUCCAACCAGGUGUUCUGCAGUGAGAAGCACAGCAUUUACUGUGAUUAGGGCUGUGGGGGCGCCGCACGCUGCAGCUAACGUCUGCUUCACCUCAACUAACCCAGCAGCAGCGGGACAGCGGUGCUAGGCCGGUCUUAACGUGACUAAUGCACAGAGGGCAGGAUUCUAGCUGAGCAGCAGCAUGGGGCACAUCUGUCACCAGGAUGCUCCUGCGAGCUUUCUGUCGCUUCUUCCUCCUCAGCCCCCUCAGGAGCUCCUGGUGUCAGCUGUUGUCUUGGUGGGAUCCCAGAGGUGGGGGUGGAGCUGUGCUCCAUUACUGAAGACAAGUGCAAGAAGUGUCUUCCGGGGCCCCAGGCACUAUCGGGAAAACGCAAUGGAAAGAGUCCCGGUCCCGCUCCCUUGGGACCCUCAGAGGGGCAGAACCUGAAUUGAAACUUGCAUGUUCCUCGCAUGUGUCUAAUGUCAGCACCUGAAAGCAGUUGUAGAAGGUUCUGGCAUCCAGCCUCGGGAUGGCUCUGUGGUUGGCAUAGUUUUAAGGAAAGAGUUAUGUUGUAGUCUUUUGCAGGAUCUCACUGCAAAUCACAUUCAGGACAAAAGUACAGAAUUUCAUCCCCAGACCAAGAGAAGAGUGGCCCUGAGCUCCUGCAUUCUGCAGACAAGACUCACGUCUCAGACACAGCCGACUGUGGGUAGCACAGGAGAGCAGAGCUCAGCAGCCCUGGUUUCUGAGAUUUACAUGCUGGUCUGGUGGCCCUGUGAGGUCCCGAUUGACAGGGCCCAAGGCCUAGGGUUUCCUUUUUUAAUAAGAAAAGUGUUCCAAGUGCCUGGCCAGUUCUUGGUCCUCCGUGUGACGCCUGUCCUGUUGUAUUUGGAUAACCCAGGCUGCCCAUUUUCAGGCCUUCCUCCCAAGGAGUUUCCGACCUGAAGAAACAGGGCUUUGAGAACUGCAGCCUGAAGUCUGAGCUGCCAGCGGGCUCGGCUGAACUGCAGGAUACAGGUGUAGCAGAGCCCAGCCUUGUUCUGGGAGAGCUUUGCAUGGUCCCGGGGCUGGUUCCCUGGCUGGCAGGUAGAAGGUGUGUGGUUCUCUAUUUAGUGCAAUUUGGGGGUGGUGACAGAGGAAAGCUAGCCAAGGGCUUUCUUAUAUGGGGAGGCUCUGUCCACGCCAGAGCUGUGGCAUCAGGCAUCUGAGUUCACACGUUCUGAAGCAGAACUCUUCUCAGUAUUUUUCUCCUGAUCCCUUUCGGGGGCAGCUGGACCUGAGGCUACUGUCUCCUCCCAAUUGCUGCUUCCCUAAGGGAAGGGGACUAGCGUUGCCUGGUUCGAGGCCAUGUUGUCCUCAACAGCCGUCUGCCCACCACCCGCUCUUCUCUUUGGUGCCGAAGGUGGCUCGGUCUCCUCUGGAUUCUGGACACCACACAGUGCAGAACAGCUGGGGUGCAGAACAAGCCAUGUGUCCCCUGCAUGACCAUCCUGGGGAUGGCUGCCCGCAUGCCUACCCACCUUCUUCCUUGCUGUCUCCUCGCCAGGCCAGCACGCAGCUUCUCUUGUACUUGUAAUGGGCUUUGCGGGCACUCGGAGCCACCGGUCCCCCUAACACACACGCAGGUCUCCCUCGCCAACUAACGGGCUCGCACAUGCCCAGCACGAUCAGAGUUUUAGUUGUCGAGUGAACAGGAAGCAACAGGUGACCAAUUUCUAACUCUUUCUUGUUUUCUCCCAUUUUCAGCUGUAGAGUAGCUGCUGGGGAGGACGUGGCUACCCGGCCCUGUUACACCGCAGCCCCUUCCCCUCCCCUCCCAUGGCCAUGCAGAGGAAGGAAGGGCAACCUAAAAGUCCACUUAGAAACGUUUUGGCUAUGCCACUGCAAUUCUUUUCAAAAUAGCAUUCUCCGAGGUUUUAAUGGGAGUAAAAAAAAAAAGCUUUAAUAUUGAGAAUGCUGCAAGCUACUGCCUGAAAAGUCCUCUGCUUGGCCGAAGAACCUGCUUCCACAGCCCCCGCAGGCUUCUCGGAGCUCACGGGAACGCCCACCGUGGGCCUCCUUAGUAUACACGUUCCUUUUUUAUCCGAUCAACCUGUGCACUUUUGAUAUUUUGAUAUUAUACUUGCUUCCUUGAUUCCUCGCGUAGACAGUCUCAGAUGCCGUGGUCUGUGGUCGUGGUCCUGUAGCUGUCCGUCUUAGCUCCUGGCGUGUUGAUCUGGUGUCAGCACGAGACAGAGCUGUGUGCUCCGUAGUGUGUAGCUCUAGACUGGAAAGGAGGCUUCAACCCAGCAAGGAGCUCAGCUCGUGUAUCCACGCUGUGGUUCAGCCUUUUAGGUUUUACGGCGUUAUGGCUCAUGUUUGAAAUUACAGAUUUUAAAUGCCAUGUUCAUUAAGAAAUCCAGGGUAUUUCGAUUCUGGGGUUUUUCAUAUUGUAUUAUUAUUAUUCUUAGGAAUAGUUCAAUGUAACAAGAAGAAAACUUGACCUUUGCUCUGGUUAAAACAGUAAUAGGCACUUGAAAAAAAAGAUAAAUUAUUGAAUGAGUAGUAUUACCUACAAAUUCCAGAGUUGUCUGGGUUUUAGGACAUUGUGAAGCAUGACUGAUUAACAGAAUUUUAUGCAACUGUACCAGUGAAAUUCCAAAUUGGAAUUGUUUUGUUACUCUGGUUGUUGUGCCAAAUUGUGGUACACUUAGAAAAUUCUACAGUUGUCGAUUUUUUGGGUGUUCUAUUUCAACGCCUUUUUGUUAGUAAUCAUUGCCAGUAGUGCCUUCAUCAGUUAAGGGAGGUGUCCCAGCGAAGUUGAUUCUCUACAAUGUGCAGUGAAGAGCUAAUUGGGAAUGCUGAAGGCCAGUGUGGACCAACAGGUGGGAGCGGCACUCACCUCACACCUGUACCUGGGCAUCUUCAUUGAGGGAGAGAAAACAGUGAUUGUACAAAAUUCUGUUAGUCAGUGAUUCUUUACUUGCAAAUUCAGGGGCUUAGAAAACAAAACCACAAAACCUUGAGUGUGUUUUGGGAACCAAAUGGACUUUAUGGGACAAGCUAAGCAAGCUGUACGAACACCACGUUUGUGAAGAGCUGAGGGCGUUGAGAGAGCCGGCGUAGUCGGCACGUGAGUGGGGGACGAGGGUUAACCAUAGUAUUCUUUGCAAAUGUGAAAACAAGACAUUAUAUCUUCUCUUGCUUGGUGUAACUAAUCACUGUUAAUUUCAGGAAACAGAACUCAUUAAAGCUCCUUAGCAAACCAGGUCUGCAUCCUGUUCUGUUUGCUGAGUGAGGUUCACGGGUGUGGUCAGAUUGGUACUAUUGGAGGAAGAGAAGCUGUCCUCCAUCCUCCAAAAAAAGGGACAAAUUGUAAUAAUAUAAAUUGCAAGAAUCAAAGAAUUCUGUUUCCUGGAAUGAGCAUUUCUUAUUCCUAGUUGUUGGGACUCCUAUUUUUACCUUCUGUUACAGUGUUGAUUCAUAAGAAAUAUUGUUACAUUUGAGAUAACUUCAUCUGUAUGGGGUAUUUAUUUGCAAUGAUGUCUAAGUACUGUAUUUUUUCUGUGCAUUACCUUAGUGUCAGAAUGUUGGUCUUUAUUUUAAAGUCAUAUGCAUGUCUUCCUGCCAAGGAACCUUUACACAGACCCAAACAAACAAAUAAUAAUAAGCAAAUGCCUUCAAUUUCUGAGAAAAUGAGGCAGAGCAUGGAAAAGGAAUAGGAAGGAGAAAUUAAUUGAAACUCUCUGGACACAGACAUGUGACACAAAUGUCUACAAAGCCAGCAUGCAUAGGAACCGCGGGCCUGGGUAAAGAGUCACGUUGGUAGGACCAAUAAAUAAAGAAUAAUAAAAAGAUGAAGCACAUCG